GUCGAUGUGGACGCAGCGGCCACGCCCGUCAGUCAGAUACUUCGUGACAUACCUUCAUGCAGCACGGGUGACAUUAGUAGUAGCAUGUUGCAGGAGGCAGCAGAGGGGGCACCGGGUCGGUCGGGGCAGCACAAGCGUGCAGCUGGGGAUGAUGGGGAGUAUCGACCUGUGCACGAGUGGGCGACAGAGUCAGAGCAGGACAGGAUCGACCGCGAGGAGAGGAGGAGGGCGCAGGGGUUGGCUAGCCGCUGUGAGAUGACGCCGAGUGUUGCAUCAAGGGCACGUGUAGCGCGGAUGCUCGAGACGGGCGUUGAGGCAGGUGAUGCAAAGGGCGAGAGCGGCGCUGCGGGCAUAGGGAAUGCGAACGAGAGACCUGCGUCGCCAGUUCAGGGUGUUUGCGUUUUGCCUCUCGGUGGGGCCAUGUCGGCGGGGGAGUUGGAGCGGCAGGCACGGGAGGACCCGUUGCAGGCAGAUCGCCGAGGACGGACGACCGAGGCGUCGAGGAGACUGAUGGCAGAGGCCCCGGCUUACGUGCCUUGCAGCCCGUCAGUGCCAUCGUCCAGCACAGGUGUCAGCACACCCGCAUAUGUGGAGGGCACAGUCGUGGCAGAGGCGGUAUGGGGCCCCUCGCCAACACCUGCCGGGGAGUCUCCUUCUCCUCAGUCACGGAAGAAGAAGAUUAGAGCAGGGAAAAAUCUUAGUACCGUGAGGAGAGGAUGGCAGGAGAGGGUCUCCGACCGAGCGACGGAUCAGCCCAUGAGCGCACCUGCUGAGGCGACGUUGCCACACACUGCAGGGCAUACAGCGGGCACCGGCGACCACGCCGAGCACAGUGCGCCCCCCGGGAGGAGUAUGGCUGCACGUAUACUGCGGGAGGAUGUGAGGGCAUCGACAGCGCGGCGACUGUCACAGGCGCCAGUCGUUUGGGAGUCUGGCACAAAGGAUUUGGAGAUGCCUUAUGGCCAGCGGAGGAGGGUUUCCGUGUACGAUCUUCUUCGACCACAGGGAGGGGUUGAGGCGGCGCCACAGGGGGAGAUUCAUGCUCCAGAUACUAUGCACGCGCCGGCAGGCGGCACAGGUCAUGGGGAUGGUGUGACAGGUGUGGUGCCGCAGAGGAGGAGGAAGGACAUUGUGGACGACGAUGAUGCAUAGUUCCACCAUUAGUCUUCUUUCAUCCUCUGAUUCGUAGUAGUGUACAGUAUAUUUAGUGCUUGAGAC